UUGACGCAUCAUCCUGUGUGCUUGUCCCCAGCAGCCCGACCGGGGAGAGAGAGGGAGAGCCGGGCAGAGGAGCGCUGGUCUGCGGGCUGUUUUCACUCCUCCAGCUGCCUUUUUCAGAGUGUUUUCAGCGGGCUGAGCCGCCGCCGCUGUCCGCCCCGCAUGGCUCCGGAUCCGCUGGGAACUUCUCCUUAGAGCCGUGCGGGUCUGGUGCGUUUUUGGAGGAGCAGGAGGAGGCUGCUGGCUGGAUUAUUGCACACACACACACACACACACACACACAAGCCCGCUGGACAAAAACGCUGUCCCGGAGCCCGGGCCUGGCUGCGGGUCGUGGUUUUACGCAGCGUCCCUCUGCGCUUCUUGAACUUGUCUUUUAAAUGUUGGAGGAGGAUCCGGGGGACAGCAGGAGGCAACCUGGCGGCGCAGCGGCGACCGUCUCCAACUAGAGGGAAUAUGCGUCUGUCCUGGCUGACUGGAGCGCUUCUGCUGGGAACUUUGUGUGCAGGACUGAGCCAUGGGGAGGCCGACACCAGAGAGUGUUUGUACUACAACGUCAACUACGAGAUCGAGAAGACCAACCAGAGCGGAGUGGAGCGCUGCGAGGACGAGAAGGACAAGCGCUCGCACUGCUACGCCUCCUGGAGGAACAACUCGGGCUCCAUCGAGCUGGUGAAGAAAGGCUGCUGGCUGGACGACUUCAACUGCUACGACCGGCAGGAGUGCGUGGCCACAGAGGAGAGUCCGCAGGUCUUCUUUUGCUGCUGUGAAGGAAACUUUUGCAACGAGAGAUUCACACACCUGCCUGACGUCGCCGGACCACUGAUCAAAGCCCCGCCCCCCAGCGUCGGCGUGUUGAACGUGAUGGUUUACUGCCUGCUGCCCGUCACCAUGCUGUCUGUCGUCCUGCUCACCGCCGUCUGGAUGUACCGACACCGGAAGCCUCCGUACGGACACGUGGACAUCACUGAGGAUCCUGGUCCUCCUCCCGCCUCCCCCCCGCUGGGUCUCAAGCCUCUGCAGCUGCUGGAGGUGAAGGCCAGGGGGCGCUUCGGCUGCGUCUGGAAGGCCCAGAUUAUGAACGAAUAUGUGGCCGUCAAGAUCUUCCCCAUCCAGAAUAAGGAGUCGUGGCAGAACGAGAGAGACGUGUUCGUUACACCAGGUAUGAGGCAUGAAAACAUCCUGAGGUACAUCGCUGCAGAGAAGCGAGGGAGUCACCUGGAGGCCGAACUGUGGCUCAUCACCGAGUUCCACGAGAGGGGCUCUCUGUCAGACUUCCUGAAAGGAAACAUCGUCAGCUGGUCCGAGCUGUGUCACAUAGCCGAGUCGAUGGCGUGCGGCCUGGCUUACCUUCAUGAAGACAUCCCCCGACAGAAAGGAGAGGGACCCAAACCGGCCAUCGCUCACAGGGAUUUCAAGAGUAAGAACAUCAUGCUGCGUUCAGACCUCACAGCCGUGAUCGGCGACUUCGGUCUCGCCGUUUGCUUCGAGCCGGGGAAACCACCUGGAGAGACGCACGGACAGGUAGGGACCAGGCGUUACAUGGCUCCGGAGGUGUUAGAAGGAGCCAUCAACUUCCAGCGAGACGCCUUCCUCCGAAUCGACAUGUACGCUGUGGGUCUGGUGCUGUGGGAGCUGGUGUCCCGCUGCAAGGCUGCUGAUGGUCCGGUGGAUGAGUACAUGCUGCCGUUUGAGGAGGAGGUUGGUCAGCAUCCGUCACUGGAGGACCUGCAGGAAGUCGUCGUCCACAAGAAGAUGAGACCGGCCUUCAAAGAGCUCUGGCUCAAACACAGCGGCCUGACUCAGAUCUGUGAGACGGUGGAGGAGUGCUGGGAUCACGACGCCGAGGCUCGAUUGUCGGCCGGCUGCGUGGAGGAGAGGAUCUCCCAGGUCCGCCGCCUCACCGCCACCAUCGCCCCGCCUACCUCCGACCACCACGCCCUGAUGGUCUCCACGCUCGCACCUGUUCCCAUGGUAACCAAUGUGGACCUACUGCCCAAAGAGUCCAGUAUAUGAGGAGAAAGUCAAAAGAAAACACAAAAAACAAACUUGUUUGGGAGGCCUGACGUUACCGGGGAGUUUCCUGAAGUUCGGUUCAACUUCCUGUGAAAACGACCGAAUUCACUAAAACACACACACAUCAUCUGUUCUCAGUGGCGUUUACAACCUAAAUCAGAAAUACAGCGUGAAAGCAGCUGCUAUUUGAUCUCUGGACUUUCUGAACUCUUAUCCUUCUUUUCUUCGAGUCUCUCUCUCUUCGUCCUUUUGGACGGAUAUUACCAGCACACGUCCUCGUUUUUCUCAAGUUCUCCUCUCAGUCUUGAGUCAUUCGUGUCUUUUUUUUAACCGUGUUUGUGUGUGUGUGUGUGUGUUUUAUGUGAGAACCAAGCAAACAUGCACACACACACACGCGGAGAGGAAAACCCAACACUGAAAGGCAUUCAGGUCCCGACUCAGUGAAUGCUCGUCUAUCUCCAGGUACCUCAGCGACGACUUUCGUUACUUUCGCUAAUUUUUUUACCAUUUUCCUCGUGCAUUCUUCCCUCUGCUGUCUUCUUCUUCGCCUCCAGAUCUGGACUACCUAUCUGGCAACUUCGCAACCGCGUCACCUAGCAACCACCUACCAUCAACCUACCGAUGGGAUGUUUUUUUACUACAAUGCUGCAAAACCCUUGUAGGAACGCGAUGACUGUUACUAAUACUGACAGCAAACUUUCUAACUUUUGUUUUUCUACAUUUUCUUUGACUCUUUUUCUUUUCUAUUUUUCUCCUGCGACCACACGCUACUAUUCACACACGACAAACCUUCGGAUCCAACGGGUUGUAUCCAAAAAGACAGGAAACAGGAAGUGAGGUCAGAAGGAAAGACGUGAAAAACAAAAACCAGAAAGACUGGACAGUGGGGGUUUUUUGUGUUCAGCUGUUAUAAUUUGAGGUUGAAGACGGAGAGAAGUCUGACGGGAUUGCUUUUCAGGAACACAGAGGCAAACGUCUUGCAUGCAGAGAUUUGAUUGGCUGACUACGCUCAACCACAGCAUUUUGGUUGGCUCGGAAAUAAAACUUCUCAGGUAACCAGGUCUACAGGGGUGUCGAGGGGUUGGGGGAGGGGAUUUGAUGUGACGCGACGCCGGCCCCGAAUUUCCAUGGUCAGAAGGGGCGGGGCCAACAACUGGUGGGCUUAUCUGAGGGUGCUCAAAGCCUAUUGGCUGUCCUGAAUAUGUAAUUUUGCAAGGUGCCCAAACAAGGGGGAAACACGUGUUACCCUGAAAAAGGUGCAAGACCUCAUGAUGCAUGGAGUGGCUCAUGCAUUCAGGUCGGUGUGUGUGUGUGUGUGUGUGUGUGUGUGUGUGUGUGUGUGUGUGUGUGUGUGUGUGUGUGUGUGUGUGUGUGUGUGUGUGUGGUACAAUGUGAACACAA